GCGCAUACCGUCUUCCGUAAACAGCCGGCUUCUUCUUCCUCCAUCCAUCUUUCUUGUCCAUCGUAUCUAUCCUAUUUGACUUUACUCAUAGUUCUUAAAUUCAUAUUUUCCGUCAAUUUCUCUGAUGCAUUUCUGUGACAUUCGUGGUGCCUGUGCCAAACUUGCACCCAACCACUGUUCAAACAACUGCUGCCCUCCCUCAGCGUAACUUAUUGUUAUGAAGCAUUCCGUUCCUUUCUUCCUGUGGCCGUGGCCUGCCUUUAAUUAGGACGUCCCGAAGUUCUGCGGCGAGCCGGAAUAAGUUGGCCUCGACGCACCUGCUGCGGAUGUGAGCGCAGCUGCUGCGGAAGUCUGCGAACUCGACUCGGCGAGAGGAUGGUGAGCAUGAGCUCAACACUCGUCGAGACGGUCUCCAUCAACUAUGAAGACUUCAACGAGAGUUUUCUCACUUGUGGAACUUGCCUAUGCAUGUACGACGGCGGUGAGCACACACCGAAGUUGCUGCCGUGUUCCCACACCGUAUGCCUGCACUGCCUCUCACGCAUUGCUGCAUCACAGACGCGUGAUACUGGGGCCUUUCGUUGCCCCAUCUGUCGUGAAUUGAUUGCCAUCCCACGGGGAGGUGUGAGCGCUUUGCCACCUUCUUUCCUCGUUAACCAGUUGCUCGACCUCAUGAGCAGACAACGAAGGGAAGUCAUUCCAAAAUGCUCGGUGCACAUUAACCAAGAACUGUUGUUCUGCGAGACGUGUGAUACUGUCUUUUGCACUCAGUGCACUGGAGGCAACCACAGUACAGCAGUAAUGAACUGUGAACACACAAUCAUACCAUUCUCAAUAGCCAUCAAGCGAAUGUCUGAAAUUCUACUGUACAAGGCCAAUGACUGCAUAUCAAAGCUGUCGCAGGCUCAAGAUGCUGUAAGGCAAGAACUUCAGAGGUUGGAUUUGGCAGCAGAGCAGUGCCUCGAUCAGGUGAACAGAACAUUUGCUGAUGUCGCUGCACAACUGGAAUCUCGAAGGCAGGAAAUGGUUACUGCAGUUAGAGAUGCCUGUGAGGAGAAGCGACGUGUACUCGAGGAACAACUCGCUCUCAUUGACGGUGAAAAGAACAAAGUGGAACGAGAAUGUGAAGGUCUCCAGUAUCAGGUGGAAGUACGCAACAUAACACAACGAAUUGGUAGUUUGACAGAGAAACUUGACGCAGCUGGCCCUCUAGGAGAACCCCGGGAGAAUGCUUUCCUAGCUUGUGACUUCUCACACAAUGACAGCUUGAAGACUAUGGAAUCUGCUCUGGUCACUCUUGGUCGUGUUCGAACAUCGACAACAUUCCCAAGCCUGUGUACAGUGAAUCUCGAAGGCCCAGCUGUGACCCAGUUGAGUUCAUCGGCUGUUCUCCGAACAGUUGACUACCGUGGGGACCCUCGCACAUCUGGUGGUGACCCAGUGAAAGCAGAAGUGGCCCGAGUAGACAGCAGUGCAGAUAUGCCUCCAGCUGAGCUAGAGGAUCGUGAUGAUGGUACCUACCGUAUACACUUCAGACCUCCUGCACCUGGACGCUACAUGUUACGUGUGUCUGUAUUUGAACGCCCUGUCAAAGACUGUCCAUUAUUCUUCGAUGUGACAGAGCACAACAACCCCAUAUCUGUCUAUGGAGUCAGAGGUUCUGGCAAAGAUGAAUUCUUGCAGCCAGUUGCCAUCGCUGUGGAUGACUCUGGAAAUGUGUAUGUUGUGGAUACUGGUAAUUCUCGAAUCAAAGUGCUGACACAAGACCUGGAAUUUGUAAGACACAUUGAAAAUGAGGGACUUGUGGGACGCAGUUGUACAGGAAUUGCGGUAUCUGACAGUGGACUUGUGGUGGUUAACUGGAGGACUAAGACAGUGACAGAAAUGUCAACUGAUGGCCAAACUCUUUCAAAGUUUUCUCAUAAUGCGUUCCAAGAACCUAUUGAUGUAGCUGUGGACAGAACAUAUGGUCACAUUUUAGUGGCUGACAAUGGAAUCAGUUGUGUUUUUGUGUUUGACUCUGAAGGAAAGCUUCUUCUCCAGGUUGGAAAGAAGGGCAGUCAGAGGGGUUACUUCAAUUUAAUCUCCUCUGUGACUGUUGGUCAGAGUGGAGAAAUCAUUGUUGCAGACUCAAGAAUCCAAGUGUUCUCAGCAAAAGGUGAUUUCAUGGAGGAGCUCUACCCUGAGGGCAAAGGUCGUGGAAGAUAUGGUGGGAUUGUCGUUGAUGCCCACAAUCACAUAAUUGCUACACGGUCAGAAAAAAAUCGAAACUAUGUUCAGGUGCUGAGAUUCAGUGAUGGUACCUUAGUUUCAACUAUAGAUUCUCACGAGUCUAGACUGAAACGACCCAGUGGCAUGGCAGUUACCAGUGACUUUCAUGUCAUUGUCGUUGAUUUGGGCAAUGAUUGUGUCAAGAAAUACAGAUACUGGUAAUAUUGUCAGGAACAUUAGCACAAGUUUUUGAGCAACAACUGCAUGUGUUCAUUGAAAAAUACCCUCUUCAGUUUUUGCAUUUUUUUAAUUCACAAGGAUGAGUAGAAUACUCAUUACUAAGGACAAAUUUUCAAAAGCUGCAUAGAGAUUUAAUGUCACAGUUCCAUUGGUUUAUUGCACAUGAUCAUUACAUUUAAAAUAGAUCAAAAUUUAUUACCACCAUCAUCUUUAGAUUAGAUUAUGGAAUAGUAUUUUGUCAGUAGUACCAAGUACUCGGCAUCACACUGAAGAGGAAGUUUGGCUAUGUAUAAUUUCAGUUCUCAGCUAGUCUCUUCACUUUGUACUAUACAGUGUACAGUAGCCAACUUUAGUGUCACUUCUGAAGCAGUUAUUUAUUUUGACAAAAUGACCAAAGUCUGACCCCUGAAUUUAUGCCGACAACAAAUUGCCUUUCUAAUUUCUAAAGGCAAUAUUUCCAUGAAAUUUAGAAGAUAAUAAAAUUGUGUGACUGCCAGGUCACAUAAUUUAUAGGUAUGUUAGCCUCCGAGUUUCUAUAAGAACAGCAGUAUACCAGUGUGGAAGUACAUGAAUCUUCCUGUUAGCUCUUAGUGCUUUUGCACAUAAUUAAUGCUAUAUUGUAAGCAAGACUUCCUCUGCAAAUGUUACUCUUUUAUAGGCAGGUUAAUUUAGAAAAAAAUGCUUUCAGUUCUGUAACUUUAUUUCCUUUACACUGAGGGGAUGAUACUACCGUAACUAAUGGGGCAAUUCAUUGUGUGUCCAAUUCAUGCCUCUUUACAAAUAGCUUUGAGAAAAAAAUUACACUGGUGAAUUUUUUCAGCUAAAAAAUACUAUUUUUAAAUGCAACAUGUGGCACUGUGAAAUCUCCCCCCAAAAAACCUUGUUUUCUUCUAUUAGUUGUAAAAUAAGUAACUCAUUUAACAUAAAACCAGCACUAUGUGACAAGUCUGUUCAAUACCCAUUAAUACGUAUGCUGCCAGCAUCACUAAGACAUGAAAUGUUGCAUAUAUUCUGAGGAAGGUCUGACUGUGGCAGAAAUACAAGCAGUCUGUAUGCAACAAACUAAUAUCUAUCUUGUAGAAUAUGUCAAUAACAUUCAGGUGCUAACUGAUUAACUCAAGGAAGUAUCCACUGCUUAUGCUGAUGGCCCGGAGGCAUAUUGCAUAAUUUUUUUAAAUUUUGUCUUUGCACUGUUUAAUCUUCGAGAAUGCUUCAGAAUGACAAUCGUUUACAGAACUGUAUCUCAGAGAGUACCCUUAUUAUAUUUUUGUUUGUCCUUUUGAAGAUGUAUAUUAAUAGUCUGUACAUUUGUGUACUUGUAAAUAACUUAUCAGAGAAAGUGUUUCUUUUCAUUAAGACUGAUUUUGUUUUCUAUUAACAGCUGUACAUAUAAUCUGUACAUCCUAAUUCUAAAUGUCAUUGUGUUUCAGCAUGUGAUAUUAAUAUGUGAUCUUGUCGA